CAAUUCGUGGCAGUGCUGCCAACAUUUACCAAGCAAAAAGUCAUUCGCGCGCCCAGGAGCUGAAAAACCAAAACAAAUAACAAUAAUUCGUGCACACCGGUGUGGAAAAUGGCAAAAUUCACGAGAAUUAAUGAACCAUCGUCAAGUUUGAAUGAAGAAGAGAAAGCAUCCUUGGAGGCAAUACGUUGUUUGGCAGGAGAAUUAGAGAAUCACAAAGGAGUUUUGGAGAAUCUAAUCGAAGAGUGGAAAACUUCAUAUAGAAGACUCAAAGAUUUGCUAAUCCGGAGAAAUAUAAUUCGAGAGCCUGUACCUGGUGAAAAUAUCUUUCCUGCCUCCAUAAAUUCACAUGUUCGCAACACUUUAGCUGUGGAAAUUGUGAAAUUGAUUAAUCACUUGGAAGACAUUCUAGAUAGUUAUAGAAAAUCCCUCGAUAGAGUGGAAACAGCUUCAAUGGAUAUUGAAAGACGAAUCUGCACACUUCCGGAGGAAGAUGAAAAAUACUUGCUAAGGAUUUUUAGUAACAUACUCAAUUCUCUUCGGACAAUCAUACCCCAAAGCCAGAGCUGUUACAUAAAUUUGGGACACAAUUUAGCAGCUAUGUGGAAUGACAAAGCAACUCCUCAAUCAUUGCCAGAGUUGCCUGGAAUUUAUGUUUGGGAUGAAUCGAAGGAGCUUUCGGGGAUUUUGCGUCAAAUCAAUGAACUUCUCUGCCAAUGUCACGGAGAAUUGCUAAUGUGGAGGGCCCAAAAAGGACCUUUUGUACUUUGACAUGCCGAGAGCAAUAAGGACGAUGUGGAGAAAUUUUUUGAUAUGAAAAGGUACAUAAGGAGAGGAAUGUUAGAAAAGAGCGCAUGAUUUAUCGAUCCGUAGGAGCUUUCAUGCGCGGCCAUUCUCACGCUCACCCGAGAACCUUUCGAGAGAUUUCACGCAUUUUCAGAAUUAUUUUGGCCUCUGUACCUGUUGGUAGAUUUUUAAAAAUUAAAUAUUUUCAAAAUCACGCAAUUUGCAAGGAAAGAAACUCACCGAAAAAAGAUAAUAAACUAAAAGUGCCCAAAAGUGUGUUUAAUUUCUCUUAGUUUGUGGCCUAAUCAUAAAAGUUACCUUCUUUGAGAUUUCAUUGAAACAUUUCGGGACGAAAAGUUGAAUGGAAAAUGUGAAUUUUCUUAUUAUUUCUCAUUUACAAGGAAGGUGAAUGUGAAAAAUAGUUUUUUUUCCCAAAUAUUUUUCCAACAUUUCCCACAGAAAGUUUUUCAGUGCCCCCAAAUUGUGUGGGAGUUACCAAAAAGGAGCAACGACGUGUGGAGGUGCACUGAAACAAUUUUUUUUGCAAAAUUCACCCCACAACACGCCUGAAUCCCAAAUGAGGGGGUUGCAAAGUAUUGGAGGAAGCACAUAAAAGCACAAUAGUAUUUGCGUAAAAAGGAACAACGCAAAGGAAGCGCACACAUACGGCAUCAUCCCUGCACAUUAUUUGCACACAAGAAACCCAUAAUUUGCACCAAGAGCACCGCGUGUGAAUCGUGGCAUCUUUUUUCAUUUUUUUGUAGUUCAUUUUCCCUUUUCUUUCUUUCGCGUCUCAUCCCUCUCAAAAAACGGCAAAUAUUUCGCAUUAAAAAGGCAAAAAGUAGAGAGCUAAAAGAAUGGCCAACACAGCACACUUAUUUCGUAGACAAAGCUCACGCGACUUGGCGCCAUCAUCACCCAGAACUUUGGAUAAUUUAGAAUUAAAGGAGCUACGUGGACGUCUCGUAAGAGCUGAAAAUGGUUCAAGGAUUUCAAUGUAUGGCGCCACAAAUCAGGCAUUUCAGUCUGAUACAAAUGACCCGCAACCAAUUCUGCCUGAAAUUAAGGAGGCACCCAAUGAGGUACCCGUGGAACAGGAUAUUUGCCCGGAAAAACCAGAAGAUGAGCGUGAAAGUUGGGAUAGUAAACUCACCUUUCUCCUCGCAACAAUUGGGUAUGCCGUUGGGCUUGGGAAUGUUUGGCGUUUUCCAUAUUUGGCGCAAAAAAAUGGUGGUGGUGCCUUCCUUGUGCCCUACUUCAUUAUGCUCGCCGUCCAGGGGAUACCGAUCUUCUACCUGGAACUCGCAAUAGGGCAGCGCCUGCGAAAGGGUGCCAUUGGUGUGUGGCAGCAGGUGUCCCCAUAUCUGGGUGGCAUUGGUCUCUCAUCGGCUGUUGUGAGCUACGUUGUGGCGCUCUACUAUAACACAAUCAUUGCGUGGUGCCUCAUCUACUUCCUCCACAGUUUCGAGUCUCCACUACCAUGGGCAGAAUGUCCGAAGCGUUUGUACAAGAAUUUCACCUACGAUCUCGAGCCUGAAUGUGUGAGCUCAUCCCCAACUCAGUACUAUUGGUAUCGUUCAACACUGAUGUCCUCGCCGAGUGUAAAUGAACCCGAGGUGUUCAAUUACAAUGUAGCUAUUGCACUGCUACUAGCAUGGUUUCUUGUGUACAUGUGCAUGGUACAGGGGAUCACUGAAUCCUCAAAAGUCGUCUACAUUACGGCUAUUUUCCCCUAUGUUGUCCUCAUUAUUUUCUUUUUUCGCGGCAUAACGCUCAAAGGAGCGGGUGAUGGGUUAAAGCAUCUCUUUACACCACGCUGGGAAACAUUGGCUGAUCCUGUGGUAUGGCUGGAGGCGGGUACACAGAUUUUCUUCUCACUGGGACUCGCUUUUGGUGGAUUAAUUGCAUUCAGUUCCUACAAUCCAGCCAACAACAAUUGCUAUCGUGAUGCACUUCUUGUGUCCAUCACAAAUUGCUGCACCUCCAUGUUUGCUGGUGUUGUGGUAUUUUCCGUGAUUGGUUUCAAAGCAACAGCUACAUUUGACAAAUGCAUGGAGGAGAAGACUAGCCUAAUAGCACUCAACAAAACCACCGAUUUACCAGUAUGUGACCUCCAAAAAGAAUUAGACAAUAGUGCAUCAGGAACUGGCUUGGCUUUCAUAAUCUUCACCGAGGCAAUAAAUCAAUUUCCAGGAGCACAACUCUGGGCUGUCCUGUUCUUCCUUAUGCUCUUCACAUUGGGUAUUGAUUCACAAUUUGGUACCCUGGAGGGUGUUGCAACGUCCCUCGUUGACAUGAAACUCUUUCCCAAUACAUCCAAGGAAGUUAUUGUUGGGACACUCUGCUUCACCUGCAGUGCCAUCUCCAUGGUGUUUGCACACGGAGGUGGAAGUUACAUUUUCCAACUUAUGGAUAGUUUUGCUGGCAAUUUCCCACUCCUCAUCAUUGCCUUCUUUGAGUGUAUCUCCGUGAGCUAUGUGUACGGGAUUAAGCGUUUUGCUGAUGACAUUGAAUUAAUGACUGGAUCACGUCCUGGACUGUAUUGGAUGAUCUGCUGGAAGUAUGUCUCACCACUGGCAAUGAUGAUCAUUCUCACGGCAUCAUUUUGCGAUUUGGCACUCAAAGGAAGCAACUACCCGGCUUGGAAUAGUUUAAAAGGUGCCACAGAGUCCCUAGAAUGGCCACAUUGGUGCAUUGCCAUUGCCAUAAUCCUCAUUCUGUCUUCUGUCCUUUGGAUACCUGUUGUGGCUAUCUGUAGACUCUUGGGAAUUACUAUAAUUGAAGAAACAGAUCCCGCAUGGUUUCCAGUCAAUGAACUCCGUGAGGUGCAUGGGAUUGUCCCCGUGGAACCCACACCAAUUGAACGUUCGCUCUUUUGCAUUCAACCCGAUGGUUCUGAAGGACUCUGCUGUCCAACGUAUUCCCUGCGCGAGGAAGCACUCGAGGAGGAGGAAGAGUAAUCCUGCAAAAUCCGGCAUUUACAGCAAUUUCUUCUGUGAUUUCGACGAGAUUGUGUGUAAAAACUCUAUAGGAUCUCUAGGUAAGAUCUAGGAUCUAGGAUCUAGACUGGAUACAAGAGAAUAUAUAAAUAUGGCAAUAUAUUGCCAUGCAAUACCGGCUUGAUUAGAAAAUUAAUAUAAUUAAUAUUGUGUCACUAAUGAAGGUGAAAGAAAAAACAACAAGAAUAUACUAAAACAGUCAUAUCAAAGAAAGAAGAAAAACCAUAUCCAAUAGUACUUUUUCGUGACUUCAGUUUGGAAAGUAAAACUUUUUUCAACACUUCCUCUUCAAAGACUGAACAAAUAAAAUGUUAAUAGUAGGAUUGCAAAAAAAAAAACAAGUUCUCACCACAAUAUUUGUGAAGUCUCCGAAAAGUCUUCACUAUUCUACUCAACUUUACUUUCCUUCAUCAAUAUUCAAUACGAAAGAGUAAUAAAUUUAUUUCGCUAAAAUAUAAAUCAAAUAAAUUAAAUUGCAAUUCAAUUGACGCCGUCUCAAGGAAGUUACUUCAAGUUCAAUGGCGCUAACGGCAGAGGACAUUACAUACCGAGUGCAUAGUGCCACAGAAGAUUAUAAUAAAUAAUUUUCAAAUGUGAUGAGAGUAAAAUAUAUUAACGUUAUUUAAAAAAAAAAGAAUUACAAUCAUAUAAGGGACGAUGAAUUCAUAAUAAAUCGAAUUAAGCACAUUUCAAAGAAAAUUGUGCCGUUAACAGAAAAAAGAUCGCAUGGAAUAUAAAAGAAUACAUUUAAAAAUGUAAGUAGAAAAAUUAAGGAAAUUCACUUGAAAAGCGUAAGAUUGUACGACGUAAUGAUCCUUCAGUGCAAAGGUUCUUCAUGUCAUAUCUCAUCAAACUCUUUUCAGACAAAAAAUUAACAUUAUGAGUGUUGUAAUAGAUAGUUUUUAGAGAAAAUAGAAAAUCGUUUUUAAAUUUUUUUUGCGUUGACAUGACAAUAGUUGUUGCAGAAAGUGAUUUGAAAAAAAAUUCUUAUCAAUAGAGGAAGCCUAAUUAUAUGCAUAGUUGCAUUUUAUGAAUUGUCUUAACAUAAAAAAAUUAUCACUUUAUAUGUUGUAAAUAAUCUAUAUGAUCCUUUAGAUGUUUACAAUACUAAAGGGACCUAUGAUAUGCCUAUUCAUGUUGAGUAUUUUCUGUUAACAUUAGAAAAUAACCAAAUAAACAAAUCAAUAAUAAAUUGUAAUAAAAUAUGGCUUAAAAAUGAGGAUUGUUUAAAAUAUCUUUUGAAAAGGCUUAAAAACAAUUCCCUUAAUUUACAUUCAAGACGUUAACAUACUUUUGGCAAUUUAAUACUUCCGAUUUUCCCUUAUUUAACAAUAGUUAUUAGAUUUAGAAUUUAAAAUAAUUAGGCUCCAAUAUUCAUACUGGUUUACUGGGUUUACUAUUCGAAUUCACUUUAAUUUUUCUUCUCAAAUUCAUUCAAGGAAGAAGUUUCUUCAACAAUAAAUAAAUAAUUUAAUUUAUAAGGUUUUUUUAGAUGUUAUUUUCAUUCAAAUUUCAUAAAAAAUCAAUCAAAAAGAAUUCCUUAUAAUUCAUUUAGCAAUAAAAAUAAAAUUUAUUCGAGUUCCGAAUUUAUGUCCUGAACUAAACAUGCCCUAAAAUAAUAAUCUUUGCCUUACUUUUUAAGAAUAUUCAUUUUAGCUAUUUUUUUUUUAAAUUGCAAAGGAACUUUAAAUAAUUCGUAUGAAUUGAAAAAAAAAUUAAAGUGAAUUUAAUAGAUUUUAUAUAACACACUCCACCGAACUUUUAGACCAUCACCAAAACCGGAAGUGAACAAAAGAUGUCAAUAUGUGUAUUUAUUCCUAUUAUUCACAGAAAAUAGAAGAAAACUAUCUAAUUGUUGUUAAAGAAAAUUCAAUUGAGUGCAUUGCGCGGAUGAAAGUAUAAAGGUUAAAAUGAAAUUAUAUUAAAAAAAAAAAGAAAUAUUAUUCAUGUUCUUAAAAUUAUGACAAUAAAAUGUUGCUUCUGUAUUUCCUGUUUAACAAAAAAAAUGAGAACAUGGCAACAUUAUACAGAAUAAAGGAUGUUCUAAAUUUUUGCGCAAACUUUUAGUGUGUCGC